GAGAGCUAUAUACAGCACGUACGCUAGCUUUUAUAAUUUAUGAUUAUUGUUGUGCUGAAAGAGAACCGUGCUCUAGUGUAAUGCACUUUAAGCCACAGCUCUGUGCUAAAAGCCAUAACAUUUAUGCGCCACAAAGUGAAACAAAAUACAAUUUUAGCGGACUCUACUAACAAAGACUAAUAAAGCUAUAAUUACACAUGUGAAGUGAUUAAUAUAUUUUACAAUAUGAAAUACAUUCUGCUUAAAACCAUCUUGCUCUUGCUCAUUAUUCAAUGCAGCAUAGAUAACUCAACUGCAGCUCAUAUUACGGCCACGCCUACAGCCCAUGGUCGCCUGCAUUUGAAGCAGAAAUUUAGUGCGGUUAACUCAAACCAAGCGGACUAUAUUAAUAACGCAAAUGGAAGCACUGACGACGAAGCUGAUUUAAAAUCUCUCUUCGAAAAAUACGAUACUGACGAUGGCAACACUUGCUUUUUGGACAACAUAAAACAAGACAUACUAUGGUGGGCAUACCUCAAUGGCUCAUUGAGAAGCACAGCUGAACAAAUUUCGACGCUUAAGUCUUUGGAUCUUUCAUAUGGCAAUGUGUCAGACGACGAGGAAUUAUUGUAUAGAACCAACGUUGCAGGUAGAUUCUCAUUUAAGAAAGUUGAAGUAUUUUCGGCUGCCUAUAAUGCAUUGCGAUCAGCGCCUUACCGAACGCUGUCUUCUAUGGGAACGCUUAAAUAUUUAUCUCUGCAAGGCAAUCAAUUUUCCGCCUUGAACCAUGAUGUGGAGGCCAUAGAGAAGUUUAUACAAGAAACACGAUAUGAAACACCAAAUGCAAGCGAGCAUGAAUGCGAUCAGCUAUACACAAGAAAUUACACUGAAUAUUAUGAUCGACGCUGUGAACUUUACAACAUGAACAACACAGACACGUACAAUAAAAGUAAACCAGGUCCCACCUAUGAGGAACACUUGCAGAAUAUUAAAAAAAAAUUAAACCUAUUUGGCAACACAAAGGAGAGCUUCGCCUGGGCUACGUUUCCGGCGCUGCCGCAACUUUUGGAGCUGGACAUUAGCAACUGCAGUAUAGAAUACGCAAGCUUUGAGGCAUUCAAAAACGUGUCUAAUCUACGAAAGCUCUUUAUAUCAAACAACAAGAUAUUGAACAUAAACGCUGAUACAUUUUAUUACAUACAAGGGCUUCAAUAUCUAGACUUAUCGUUCACCAAUGUAUUGAAUUACAAUUACCAAUUGUCGAUGUCAACACUUGAGGUGGUAUUAAAUUUAGUUUAUGGCCUUAAGAUACACCAGAAUGCAUUCAAGUUGCUGCCCGAUCUAAUAUAUCUGGACUUUUCGCAUUCGAAGAUAACACGUAAUAGUGCUGUUGCAUUUGCGCAUCUCGGCGACAAAUUGAAGUAUCUCAGUUUGUGCUACACCUCGUUUCCUAUGAUGAGCAAUGGAUUUUUUAAGAAUACAGCGCUAGAGGGACUCGACUUGUCCGGCAAUCCAUUUGUGUCGUAUAAUAUAGUAGAUGAUGCCUUCGACGGUAUUGGCGACACACUCAAGUGUCUGUACUUUGAGCAGUCAAAUCUAAAGGAUAUUGGCUGGACGAAACCUCUUAAGAAACUGCAAAUCUUGGGCCUAGCGGGCAAUAACAUCAAUGCCCUAUCAGCGGAUGUGUUCAAGCACCUAGUCAAUCUGCAGGUGAUAGAUCUGAGCUCAAACCACAUUGGAAAUUGGUACAAGAGUGUCUUUCAUAAUAACUCCAAGCUGCGUGUGCUUAAUUUACGUAGCAACAAUGUCAACAUUCUUACAAAUGAGAUGCUUAAGGACUUUGAAAGCCUGGCAUAUCUGAGUCUUGGUGAAAAUAACUUCCUCUGCAAUUGUCUGCUGCGGGAGGUCAUUGAGGGAGCUGCCAAUAAUAACAAGCAAGCCGAUUGCUCAUACGAAUUAUUAGAAUCGAUUGGCGCAGCGCAGUUUUUACUUGGAAAUCUGAGCAACAUAAACUCAGUUAUUGAAAACAAUAUAUGGUCGAGUCGAUAUAUACCGAUGCUCAUUGAAAGCUUUAAAAAUAUACAGGGCUUCAAGCACAACAACCAGAUCUAUAAGCUGCGCUUCUUCGCGGAGAACUAUAUGGCCAGGAAGUGUCCCUCAUCUACACCGCAAACUUUGAAUGAUAGUACCUUAAAAUUUCAAUUGCUAGACUAUGAUGCCAAUCAUUAUUGGUGCUUUAAUGAUACAGAUCGUAUGCAGGUGGAGGAGUUAAAUUGUCAAAAUCGUAUAAUGACUGAUCUUGAUACGAAGUUCAAGAAGAUAACUACAACAGCUAUAGCUGUAGUUGGCAGCAUCGUAGGUCUAUGUGUUAUAGGCUUUUUAAUUUAUCUAAAACGUUGGCAUAUACAUUACUAUUAUUCCUCGUUAAAAUCUGCGGCUCUUUUGUCCAGUGCUUCCAAGGAUUCGAUUGAUAAGUUUCAUCAUUUGCAAGAGAAUGAUCCCAGUGUGAUCUACGACAUUUUUAUAAGCUACUGCCAAAAUGAUCGGAAGUGGGUUCUGGAUGAACUUUUGCCAAAUGUGGAGGAAUCUGGAGAUGUUUCUAUAUGUCUGCAUGAACGUGACUUUCAGAUCGGAGUUACCAUAUUGGAUAAUAUUAUUUCAUGCAUGGAUCGUUCGCGCUCUAUAAUGUUGGUAAUUUCAUCAAAAUUUUUGCUUAGCCAUUGGUGUCAAUUUGAAAUGUAUCUUGCCCAGCAACGCAUUUUUGAGCUUAGCAAGGAUCAUUUAAUACUUGUACUUCUGGAAGAUAUUCCACGCAGUAAGAGUCCAAAGACUUUGCAAUAUUUGAUGGAUGUUAAAACGUAUAUUAAAUGGCCAAUAAGCAAGAAAAAUGCACAGCCCUCAUUGGAAGAACGCAAACUCUUUUGGAAACGUGUACGGAAAUCACUUGAAUUAAUUUCCAAAGAGUCCAAGGCGUAAAAGGCGUUACUAUAGUGAGAUGUAGCAC